AUGAGCCUGCUGUCAGCCAUCGACACCAGCGCCGCCUCGGUCAACCAGCCGGCCCAGCUCCUCAACUGGGUCUACCUGUCCCUGCAGGACACGCACCAGGCGAGUGCUUUCGACGCCUUUCGUCCCGAGCCGGCCGGCGCCUCUACCCCGGAGCUGGGCUACGGCAAGGGCAGCCCGGAGCAGUUGGGCUCGCCCCUCAACUCCAGUUAUCUCAACAGCUUCCUCCAGCUGCAACGCGGAGAGGCCCUCAGCAGCAGCCUGUACAAGAGCGCGUCUCCCUAUGGCUCUCUCAACAACAUCGUAGAUGGGCUCAGCUCCCUCACCGAGCACUUCUCCGACUUGUCCCUCUCCUCGGAGGCCCGCAAGCCCAGCAAGAGGCCACCCCCUAAUUACCUUUGCCACCUCUGCUUCAACAAGGGGCACUACAUCAAAGAUUGCCCCCAGGCUCGCCCCAAAGGUGAGGGUCUGACCCCAUACCAGGGCAAGAAGCGUUGCUUUGGGGAAUACAAGUGCCCCAAGUGCAAGAGAAAAUGGAUGAGCGGGAACUCUUGGGCCAACAUGGGACAAGAAUGUAUCAAGUGCCACAUCAACGUGUACCCUCACAAGCAGAGACCUUUGGAAAAACCAGAUGGCCUGGAUGUCUCAGAUCAAAGCAAAGAACACCCUCAGCACCUGUGUGAGAAGUGCAAAGUCUUGGGCUACUACUGCCGGCGAGUGCAAUAAAACCUCCCAGAGAUGGUGGGCCUUCCCCCCCACCCCUCAGCCCCUAGAGCUUCUGGUGGCAGGCACCAUGGGGCACCCUGUUCUUACCCGAUCUGCAAGAGUCAUGACACAAAUGUGACCUCUGGGAAGAAAAAAAAAAGACAUCACCCAUGAUCACCUUUCUCUAAAGGAAUAACAUGCCUUACAGUUAACAGAAUGUAACACUUGUUUUUUUGUGUGUGCUUGUCUUUCUGUCUGUCUGUGUAGCUGUCAGUGUUUUCCCUUCCUGUGUGUGUCUGUGUGUGCCUGUACACAUGGGAGAAGUAUUUAUAGGAAUCUGGGUUUUGUCCAGUGUUUUAGGACACACAGUGUUACUGAAAGUGUUCCUGAUCUGACCACCACCAGGCCAGGUGAGGGAGAGAAGGAGUGGGGGCUGUCCUGUUCAUUGUUUACACAGUUUUUUAUUCCAGUGUUCUGGCCAGGAGAGGCAAAGGACUGGACCCUUGGUCCUGUGGAGAUGAGGAAGAGUUGAGCGGGAGGCUCAGAGGCAUUGGGGAUGCCAGGGAGCGUGGCCAGGACCUCCAGACCCAUCCAACGUUCUGGGGCCUGUUGAGAUGAACAGAGGGCUUGAAUUCUGCCAGUUAUGGGGGUGACUGUGGGGAAGUAGUAUUGUCUACUCUCCCUGGCCUCUCUCCCCAUUGCCACUGCCUUCUACUUACCACCUGACAGGGUAUGAACAUGUAACGCUCUUUUCUCGGGUUUCUCCCUGACCAUUGGCUCCCCUGGGUUUCUAGUUCUGCAUUAGGCCACAGACACACUAAAUUUACUGUGAAUAACAGGGAAACUGAAGGCAUCCCUUUUCUCCCCAUGCCCAGACAAGCCCUGACUUUAUAAUCAUGUGAAAAGCCACUUUUAUGGGAAAAAUUUUAUACCUUAUUUUCUAUUCAAUAGAUGAGCUAUUAAUAAAAAAAAAUUUACCCACAUGUAGCAAAGCAGGGGGAGGGAGUAGGAGAAGGCUCUGAUAGGUGGAGUCCACACCUGCUCCCCAAAUCCUCUCUUCCUACCUAUCUCCAUCUGUGAAACUACCCAAUAUAUUUCCUGCAUUUGGGAAAGUGGCAGCUCUCUGUCCAGAGGGAUAAGGCAAGGAAGAGAGAGCUGGACCCUGGCAAAAACACUAGCCAAGCACCUAAGAGAAUAGGGGGACCUUUGAGACCUUCAUUGUGAGUUCUUGGGUCAUAAGACGUUGAUUGUAGACUGAGUCCUUGCUUGUCCAGUCAUCAUUACUCUUCCUUGGACUCUGGUUGCUGUUGUCAAUCUCCCCACUCCCUUUCAUUCCUCCCUCCCUCAUCACUUCCCUCCGUGGAUUCCUUAGGGGAGCACAAAAAUCCAACAAGAUUUUUCAAGAUUCUGACAACCUUGGUAGAAGUUGCUUCCCAGCCCACUCAACCUGGGACUCUGUCCUGGUAAAAUGGAAGCAGGACAGAGAGAGGAACAUACGAAACUUCAAAGAGUUUAUUUACACUCAAGUCCUUGAGAAAGACUGACUAGUGACCUGAUACCCCACUCACCCCUUCCAGCUCUUCCUCCUCCCUCCAUGGGCCAGGCUUUUGGUGGCUGCCAUUUUCCCCUCGGAUAACUUCCAAAGUCCCCAUCAAUGUCCAUUGUAGAGCCCACAACAAAGGGAUGAGGAUGAGGUCCUACGGUCCUUCCUGGAGGCCCUAUCUCUCUAGCCCUCCCCUUCUCCUGACUCUUCCAGUGUGGUCUGGUGACCCUCACAUACCACUGUGCAUCUUUCUCUCUGUGCCAUAGCUUUUCCUCUCUGUAAAGGGGAACGAUGGUUUUCCUACUUCCCAGGAAAGUACAGAAGCCUUGAAAUCUAACACUAGUCAGGCAUCCUGGGGUCUUAGAGAUGCCAGGUGCACCCUUUUCCUUGGGGCAAUAAAACUGUACUUAUGGUAUAGAAUUUUCUCUCUUGGGGAUAGCCAGACAUUUAUUCAGAAUUAAUUCAUUCAGUUUGUCUCUAGGCAUUCAGCCUUUGCUGAAGAAAACCAAUCAGACCAAGGAAUGAGGCUGAAACUCUGUGUUUACCAUGGGUCAUGGCUCACCCAAACUAGGCCUGAAAAGUAUCUGUUUUCAAGUAAGAAAUGCAUUUGUAGCUAGUUACAGUUAAGUAUAGACAAGUUACAGUUAAGUGUUUAACUGGGGAUCCAGAGAGAGGGUGUGUGUAUGGAUGCGGCAAGGAGGAGUAGGUUAGACGGAAGGUAGCCAAUGCCCCUUGAGCACUUAAUGGAAUAUUAGCAACAGCCUGGUGGUAGGAGAGGAUGAACUGGGAGUCAGAAAGACUCUGGUUCAAAUUCCACAUCAGACACUUCCUAGCUGAGUGACCCUGGGCAAGUCACUUAACCUCUGCCUGCCUCAGUUUCCUCAUCUGUAAAAUAGAAAUAAUAAUAGUAUCUACCUCACAGGGUUGCUGUGGGGAUCAAAUGAGAUAAUGUAUGUGACAUGCUUAGCAAGCUUAAAGUGCUAUACAGAAAACUGGCUAUUUUUUAACAGCCUCACCUUCCUCUAUCACCACCCCUCUCCAAUUAGGGUAGAACGCCAGAGCAUCUUAGCCCCCUCCCCUCAAAUGGAGACAACCAGGGUAGAAUGCCAGGGCAUCUUAGCCCCCUCCCCUCAAAUGGAGACAACCACUUAAGAGAAUUUCUAAAAACAAUUUUUCCCAACCAUUCCAGAAGGCCCUGGUGUGCAGCUGAUUGUGGCCUUUGUCCUUGCCAUUUUCUAACUGAGAAACAAAAGUUCUUACUGUUCGUCAUGAUUAUAAUAACACAAGAAUAAUAUUAACAAUAAUAAUAAUGGUGGAAGGCAGUGUGGCCCUUCUGGACCAUUAGAACCCAUCUCUGUGUUCUCUGGCUAAGGGUUCACUAGGACCUCUCUCCAUAGGAUGGCUCCUGAUCAAAAUCUGAGCCUUCUGAAAUGCAAAGAAAACCAUGAGCAGAAAAAUGCUCGUGCUCUCUACACACCCCACAGGAUAGAUUCUAUAAGCUAUCACAUGAAAUCAGGCAGAGGGAAGCCAGAAUUCUCUCUCCCAAGCUAACUUUCCUAAUCUCCAUCACCCACUUAGCUGUUGGAAAGCCUGAAAUUGCCAAGAUGGCAAUAGGAGAGAACAGUUUAUAGUGACAGUCAGGGUCAAGUGGUUCCAUCAUGACCAGGGGACAGGCUGUAGCAAAUGCCCAACUGGUGACCACUGUUACUAACAAGCCAACCAAUUUGUGAUACGUAUUGGUUGGUCCAUCCAUCCUUUUACAUCAUUUCCCCUAUCCCCACAUUGCCCUUGGCUUGUAAGAAAUAUUACAUAUAUUUGCUUUCUCUCCACCAUCUAUACCACUGCUGUCCAAGGGCUGGUGCUACACAGUAUGAGUGCUCAAGGGGCCCCAAGGGUCCUGGGUGACUUGAGGAAGGAUUGUGGUUUUAGGAAGAUACUGAAAAGGGACAAUCGUAUGCAGUUCAUAGAUGCUAUUGAGUGAUCAUUAAUGUUUACCCCCUGUAUGAAGUAUUGUACAGUUCUCUUGGCAGAUCUGUAUCAUCUUGAGUUAUACUUGACAUAGAAAUCCUUUGGGUUUUUUUUAAUACUAUGUGUGUAUUUUGGAAAAUGUUAUAGAUGUUAAAUUUUCUGAAGGGUUACAAAUAUUUCUGGUAAUACUGAACUCGUUAUUUUCUUCUCUAGUACUCUGCAAUUUUUAUCUGUAUAUAUUUGAGGGCCUUAAAAAAAGGAAAAAAGGAAGAAGAAACAAAAAAAAGAAUGGCUUGAUUUUUAUUGUUGUCAAGUUUUCAAGAAGAGGCAUCUUCACAAUUUCAAACUGUUCAGAAGGGCCUAGUUCUCCAAUUGAAUACAACCAAGCUAAGAGUUUCCUUAAAUAUUCCGCAAACUCAGAGUGUAUCCUCAAGAAAAUAUUUAUGAUGGGAAAUUGUCUCUUUUUUUUCGAUUUUUUUUUACAAUGCUUUUUGUCUGUAUAAAGUAUGCAACUGACCUACAUUGAGAAGGAAAUAUUGUCUACAUAGAAUAUUAUAUGAAAGUUGGUACAUAAUUCUGUUGAGAAGAAUCCUUGCAAUUCUUUAAGCCAUAUUGUUAUUUUAUGUUUUCCUUGGAUGAAAAUAUCAGUAUUAAGUAACCAAUAUAUUAUUCAAGUGUUUAGACAUAUUAAUAUGCUUAUGCAGUUUAUUUAUAUGUGUAUUUUGGGAAGUAUUACCUUUUAAGGAAAGCUAUAAUUAGAUUUGCUAUCAAGGAAGGAAAUGGAGAAUAUUUUAUUUCUUCUUUACUUUAUGACCAGAUUCAAGAUCCCAAUUCCUAGAGGGAAGCCCAGCUCCUGGACAUUUGGGAUUACCUAUACCCUGUCCUGUAAUAUAAUUAUAAUCUAUUCUCUCUCUUGUUUUCUUAGCAUUUUUUAUUCUUAAUUUUGAUAUAGGGGUUGGGGAAGGAGGGAGCAUCUGGGGAGGGCCUCUGCCAAAUUUGCCUCUCAUGACCUUUUGCAAGCCUUCAAGACAAACCAUGGUCCUAACCAUUCUCCAUAUGGGAACAUGACAAUCCAUGGAUGACCUCCAGGAUGAGGUCAGCCAAGGGAGGAGAAUAGAUGAAGAGAAUUUCCAGUUCCUUGGGUGCCCAUUAUUGAAGGACUUGCAUGAUCCUACCUUGGUGCAUAGCACAGGGCCUAAUUCUGUGACAAUUUCUUUGUGGUUGUCAUUUUGAAUGGAAGCCUUUACCCCAACCCUCUGCUAGACUCCAGUUUUAUGCUAAAUGAAUAUUUAAUCCAACAAUCACUACAUUUUAUACUAGAAAGACAACUAACACAGUAGUUUAUGAGUUCUUAGAGCUUUAAGAAAGUUAAUCUAAUGAUUAGUUUUGGGGUUGUUGAGGUGGGGAAGGGGCUUUCUGUCUCUCUUGUCACCUGUUACCCACUGACCUUUGUCAGCCUCAGUUGCCUUCAUGUAUUGAGUCCCUGUCCCUUGUCUGUAUCUGUUAAUAUAUGUAUGUACAGCUAAAAGACAAACAAGACCUAAGGACAAAGGCUUAGAGGGCGCAUGGAGGAGGUGACCCAGUCUGCCCUGACCUCUCAGCCAAAGUGUCCAUAGGUUGGCAUUCCAGCGUGUGCCUUAUCUCCUGGAUACUACGUAUUACAGCUUCCCUAUAGGAUCAUAGCCUUUUCAUGCUGUAUUAAAAAUACUUUUAAAAAACCA